AUGGACACACGAUUCAACUCUUUGUCUCGAGAUGCGGAUGAGCCCCACAAGCUUGUCAAUGCCUUGAACGGCAUAUUUUCCGAAGUCACAGUGCGGGCUGCCAGACCAGCGUGGUUUACCAAACUGCAGUGGUCUGCAAAUCGCAAGUUCGACGAGAAUAACGCUUUUCUACGCAAACUCGCCCACGAGGUGAUCAGUCACCGCAGAGCAAACCCAUCCCAGAAGAAGGAUUUGUUGAAUGCCCUAGUGAACGGCAAAGACCCGGCCACAGGAUCAGAGACAACUGGCAAUUUGCUUGCGUUUCUGCUUUACUACCUUAUGGCAAACCCAAAGGUAUACGCAACGCUACGAGAGGAGAUCGAUAGGGUGGUGGGUGGUGAUCCUUUGGCCCCCGAGCAUCUGAACAAGUUGUCGUACACCAAGGCUUGCCUGAGAGAAGCACUUCGGCUGCAACCUACGGUUCCCGUUCUAGCUGUCAAGCCAGUGGAUGUAGAUGGCCCGAUCGUACUGGGACAUAAGUGGGAGCUCGACGGGCCGCAGACCAUUCUUAUUUUGCUUCACCAUCUUCAUCGAGAUGCUUCUGUUUGGGGUGAGAAUGCCGAAGACUUUAACCCUGAAAGAAUGUUGGACAAGAACUUUGCGAAAUUACCACCCAACGCAUGGAAGCCAUUCGGAAAUGGGCAACGAUCCUGUAUUGGGAAUGAAUUCGCCUUCCAGGAAGCCACCAUUGCCGUUGCACUUCUCUUUCAGAAAUUCGACUUCUCAUUCGCGGACCCAGAGUACAAACUCACCAUCAAACAAGCAGCAAGUAUCAAGCCAGCAAACCUCUUUAUACACGCCAAACUAAGACCUGGAGUCGAUGCUUUGUCGACUACCCAGGGCGUUGUGCACGAGGACACCAUCGGAAAACCCGCUCCAGCCACAGAUAACGUAUUUUCAGGCGUCAAUGACCUAAAACCGAUCAUUGUCUACUACGGCUCCAACAUGGGAACAUCAAUGGAGCUUGCCAAUAACCUAGCAAAGUCAGCUAUUCAGAGAGGUUUCCAGUGCACAGCAGCGGCUCUUGAUGAAGCCACCGGGAGUCUCAGGCCGGGAGUUUUGUCUGUAUUCAUUAGCUCGUCUUAUGACGGACAGCCCACAAGCAACGGGGCCAAGUUCAUUGACUGGAUCUCAGCAUUGAGUCCAAACUCCUUGACGGGCGUUGAAUUUGUGGUUUUUGGGUGUGGCAACCGGGAAUGGAGGGACACCUUUCAGCGUAUCCCAAAUCUUAUCUUUGCUCUCUUGGAGAAACACGGUGCGAAAUCCAUCGCGGCAAAGGGAAGUGCAGAUGCUGCCGAGGGCGAUGUGCUCGCCCAGUUUGUGACGUGGCAGGCCAGUGACUUUUGGCCGUGUGUUGCGAACCUUCACGGCAUCACUCCUGGAACCACAGAUGAAGCAUUGCGUGUUGCGGUUGUGCAUCAAAAACCUACUUUUCAGCCUAUUCAGACGGGUGUUAGCGCGAUUGUGAAGAAGGUCUACCAGCUUACUGACGAUGAAGUUCGACCGAAAUACCAUCUUGAACUUGAGCUUCCGGAGCGGCACAACUACGAGGUCGGCGGCUAUCUCGAGAUACUGCCGCGCAACCCCCUGGAGCUUGUCAAAAGAGCGCUCACAGCCUUAGGGCUCAAAGAGGACGAUGUACUUGAACUAGAGAGCUCGGCUUCAACCCCGCUACCUACUGGUGUGCCACUCCUGGCAAAAGACCUCCUUUCUCAUCAUUUGGAUCUGAAUCAGCCAGCCACUGUUAAGCAACUGGAGCUUCUCAGGGAUUGCUGCGAAGUGGCAGAGGACAAGCAGGCCCUAGACUCGAUCCUCGAAGAAGGCAACAGAACCAAUGUCUUGACUCGUCGUCCGUCUCUCCUUCAGAUUCUAGAGGCUGUCAAGAUUGGCAACCUUCCCAUGCCUCCUCCCACCACUCAAACCCAGACCUUACUCUAUUUCAUCCUCGCCAUUAUCAUCGCCGUCAAGAUGUACUUUGACUUGGUCUGUCUUGCAGCACCCAGGUCUAUCCCAUCCUCGGUUUAG